AUGUCUUCCACCCCCUCCAACCGGCUGAGGUUGACGCCAUCCAACUCCCCAUUUCUCCAACGUCCAGCGAGAUCGCCGUUUCGCGGCCGACCCGCGCCGGACCCCCGCUUGUCUCUGAAGCGUGUCAUAGGCACAACCUGUACUUCACCCAACGGCUUCGAUACGUGCCAGAAUUCCUUCGCAUACCUCGCCGGAGGAGCAGUAGUAGUCGUGAAUGUAGAAGGUGAAAGGUACCACCAACGAUUCUACAGAGCUAGACCGAGUGCAGUGCCAGUCUACAGCACGACGGCCCAGUCACUCGACCGCUCGACUCCUACAAAUACACCUAAAGCCAACGAUAGCAGAAACAGGUCUUCCAUAGCACCCAGAGACUCCUCUUUUGGCGUGAGCGAUUGGGCGGAGUCGCCCAGUGCCAAGACAUGGACAAGUCGAGAGCGCAUCAAGGCAGCAACAUGCUUGUCGUUGAGUCACGAUGGGAAAUACCUGGCAGUCGGCGAGACGGGCUAUUCCCCGCGUGUGCUCAUCUUCGGACUGCAAGACUGCUCGUCGGACAGGCCACUUGUGUCAAUAAGCGAGCACUUGUAUGGCCUUAAGGCUGUAGCGUGGUCUCCUAAUACCAAGUACUUGGCAUCACUUGGUUCCGCAAACGACGGCUUCUUGUAUCUCUGGAAAAUCGACCCGAAAACUGGUGCUGCAAAGCUCUAUCAGCAAAACCGAUGCGUCUCUUACGUACGAGAUAUGAUUUGGAUGGGGGAUAAUCUUAUCACGUUAGGCGUUCGCCAUGUCAAAGUUUGGAAGGUCGAAGAGCCAAAAGCUCCAUCGCCCACGAAGACGAGAUUUGGAGACGUGGGAGCGUCACCGCAACCCCAGAAGACGUUGCCAGGUCGAAACGCAAUCUUGGGAGAAUUGAUAGAAGCUACUUUCUCCUGCGCCGUUGCGCUCGACGAUACCAAGGCCAUUAUCUGCACCGAGUUGGGGGACAUCUGCCUCCUUGACGACAAGGCUAAGCAAAUGAAGCUGACAAAAGUCCUAGAUAUAGGCUUCACGAUAACCUCUGUUGCGAUGAGAAAUCAAGUCAUUCACGUUGGAGGCAAGUCGGGCGAUUUUGCCACUCUGGACCUGAAGCUAUUUCUCGAAGCAGAUGCUGGUUGCACACUGGCGACGUCGAAAUCAACCUCAGGCUUUCUGAGUCUGGGGUUUCUUGAGAACAACUUGGUGACUGUCGACGAAGAUCAUUCCAUUGAUGUGUGGAACGCAUCAUACAUCCCAGGAUGUCAUGACGAGACGACUACUCGUACGCAUAUCCCAGGAAACGGGGAUGCUAUGCAUGGUGUCGGCGCGUUUACGCAGCCGAAUGAGUCCAAGACCGCGUUUUACACAUGGUCUAGUUCCGGUAGCAUUAGGUUAUGGGAUACUGAUGGCAAUACCAUAGAGUCGUUCAGCACAGGUCUUGAGGGGGCCAACUCCCAGAACGAGACCGAUCCAGUCAAUCAGAUGACUGCUGUCACAACCACACAAAGCAAUGAUUAUUUCGUCACUGGCGACAAACUGGGCAUUCUUAAAGUCACGGAUGCCAAAACAAAAGAGUGUGUAUUCGAGACGAAAGCGCAUUCUUCUAAUUGUCAAAGCGUUGCGACUUAUGAGGACGACUCUCGAUUUCUCAUCGCAUCAUGUGGUCGAGAUAGAACGGCACAGCUAUUCCGUCGGGCCUCCAGCAAUCAUUUCGAGCUUUUCCAGACCCUUGAAUUCGCCGCUAAGGUGGUACAAGUCAUUAUACCAAGCUCGGACAAGGUCAUAACGUGCUCGCUUGACCGAUCCCUGCAAAUUCACGAAAUCGUUUCGAAAGAAACAGACCCGGGCGACCUGGCUGCCUUUCCGGUGCAAUCACUACCACUGAAGGCAUCGCCGACUUCAAUGGCCAUGGCACCAAAUGGUAAACAGAUAAUCGUGUCCCUACUGGACCGUUCGAUCUGCAUCUACAAUAUUGAGACGGGCAAAUUAUCGAGUUCCUUCAAGUGCGCUGAUGAAACAGCAGUUGAAUCAGUAGUACUUGACUCUCUAAUUUGCCGCCCUGCGACGGAAAAGGAACCUGCCUUCUUGUUGGGACUGUCAAACACAGACAAGUCAAUCAGGAUCUACGAUGUCACUACUGGCAGCUUCCUGGACCGCGAAUGGGGGCACACGGAAGCAAUCACCGGAGUAACCUUGGUUCAAGAAGCUAACGACGAUAAGAAGGUUGUCAGCGUGGGUUCCGAUGGUACUAUCAUGAUUUGGAGUCUCGAUUUGCAAGACCAGAUAGUAGGUUCUGUUAGUCGCGAUCCAUCACCUGUGAAGGACGUUACUGCUGCUGCUCGAGCUCCGCUGAGGCGUAUCCUCUCUAAAGCCGAUCUGGCUGAGUUCCAACGACCUCAAUCGGCUUCGUCAGGACGGCGGUCACCUCCCCGCACGCUUGCGAAGCGACGGUCGUUGUACAACUUGACCCCUUCUGGUCCCUUACGGACGCCGACUAGCACCGCCCAGCUCAGUCCACCUGCUAUUGACGAGGGUACGCCGACUAGAAGGACGUCGACCAGCAGUCGCACAGGAAGCAGCCCGCCUGUUAGUCCCAAGUCGUCGCGGGCUGCUAGGCGCCCAUCGCUGCCGGCUCUGAAAAAGACGAAAAGCAGCUCGAGCUUGAGAGGUUCGAUGAAUCUUCCAGCGACCACCGAACAACUAUGCCGUACCUUGCGAUCAUUUCGAAGGAAGCUCGAAUCUGGCGACUCCAUCAGUGAUAAUAUCUUAGCGGAGCUGGAUCAGGAGCUUCGCCUCACGUCAUUAGCCUUGGGCGACAAGGCGAAACACAGCCGUGAACUCGGCAAUUCCUUACUUGACGGUAUUCUCGACCAGUACUCUACAAAGUUGUCAGCAAUGCUCGACGAGAAACUACGUCUCAACAGCCAGUCGUCAGGACGAGAAGACACACCAUCGCCAGAGGACCCAACCCGGCCGGUGUCUCCGGGAGUUGGAUCCAUUUCAGCCAAUUCUAACUACAGUCAAUAA